AUCAAUACGGAAUUUCUAAUAAAUUUAUAUAUAUAUUGUAGAUAAAUACACCAUGCAGACAUGUAGAUAAUUAAAUCAUCUGCACUAACCAUUAUCUUCAAACGUAUUGGUCACAUUGCAUGAAAUUCCGCCAUCGUUAUUAUUUUUUUAUUUUUUGUUGUGACAUUGAUUCUUCAAGCCGGUGAAAUAAUAAAAAUAGUGGAUUGAUCCAUCGUUAAACAGUUUAUAAUUUUUAUGUCAUUUUGAAAAAUAAAUUGUUGAAAUGGGUUUGUCAAAAGAAACUACAGCUACAAUUGAUUUUGAUGAUCCAAAAUACCGGAUUAAACCGUACCAGCAAAUGAUUGCAUCAUGUACUGGUGCACUUGUGACUUCAGUUUUUGUGACACCCUUGGAUGUGGUUAAAACUCGAUUACAAGCUCAACAAAAAGCAAUGUUAUCAAAUAAAUGUUUCGUAUAUUGUAAUGGAUUAAUGGACCAUCUUUGCCCGUGUAAUGGAAAACUACCGACUUGGAUGAGAGAAAAUGGAAAAUUUACUGGAACAGUUGACGCACUUGUAAAAAUAUCUAAAAGAGAAGGAUUUUUUUCACUUUGGAGUGGCCUCAGCCCAACCCUCGUUCUCGCUGUACCUGCUACUGUUGUAUAUUUUGUAUCUUAUGAACAACUACGAUUGAAUCUCAAGGAUUACUAUAACAGAAAUUCUAACAAACAUCGUAUACAUCAAACACAACCGUUUUGGAUACCAAUUGUCGCGGGAGCUACCGCGCGAAUAUGGGCUGCUACAUUGGUUAGUCCCUUGGAGCUUAUAAGAACUAAAAUGCAGUCCCAAAAAUUGAGUUAUAGAGAAAUUGGCGAAGGAUUAAAGACUGUUGUAAAAUACGGUGGAAUAUCAGGAUUAUGGAUGGGUUUAAGCUCAACUUUAUUCCGGGAUGUGCCAUUUAGUGCUAUUUACUGGUGUGGCUAUGAAGCUAUUAAGAAACUACUUCCUCCUGAACAACAUACAUUUUCUUUCAACUUUACAUCUGGUGCACUUGCUGGUUCAAUUGCUGCAUUUUUAACGAUACCUUUUGAUGUAGUUAAAACGCACCAGCAAAUAGAAAUGGGUGAAAAAAGAAUUUAUACUGAAAAACCUGGAAAAAACAAUAGCAGUAGUUUUACAAAUAUUGUAAAAAGAAUUUACCAGCAAAAUGGAAUUCAAGGCCUUUUUACCGGACUAACGCCUAGAAUAAUAAAAGUAGCACCAGCUUGUGCCAUUAUGAUUGCAAGCUUCGAACACGGAAAACGUUUCUUUUUGCAAUAUAAUCGUGCUUUAGCUUAUCAACAAGAACAUCAUCACCCCCAAAAACAUCGUUGAAGUAAUUUUUAUCGACCCUAAAUGAUUAUUUAAGUAUGUAGAGUAUAUUUGGUGUUUAUAAUUUGUGUAUAAAAAUAAUAUAAUAAAUAUUUCUUAUUCUAUUGGUAAA